AUGACUCUGCUUCCAAAGACGAGCGAAGCUCACGUUGCUGAACGACCACAUGCCAUCUUGCCUAUGCCCUGGCGUAUUCUCGGUCAGGCUCUCGGGUUUCCUAACCAUGACCAGGAGCUGUGGUGGCUCCACACCUCGCCCUUUUUUAACAAGCUAUUGAUACAGUGCGGUUACGAUAUCCAUUUGCAAUACCAAUAUCUAUGCUUCUACCACCGCCACAUAAUCAGUGUUCUGGGGCCAUUCAUUCGUUCUGGAAUGGAACCUGACUAUCUCAGCGGGUUCACACCUGAGGGUUACGGUUUCGAGCUAAGCGUCAACCAUCAGCUAAGCGGCUCGGUACUACGUUUGGGUUGCGAGCCACAGAGUGAGUUUGCCGGCACGGAGCAUGAUCGUUUGAAUCAAUAUAUGGCGAGGGAGUUGCUGGGAAGACUUGCACGCCUUGACGAUAAUAUCGACCUGCGGUGGUUUAACCACUUCGACUCACACUUGAGCCUUACUCACGAGGAAGCUAACGCAGCAGCUCCACAUCUAGUACGACAUCGCUGGCAAACAAAGGUUCUUGCAUUUGACUUAAAGAAUGGCGCAGUUCUCCCAAAAGCCUACUUCUUUCUCAAAGCCAAGUCAAUUGUGACCGGCAUCCCUAUUGCUGUCUUGGCCUUCGGAGCAAUUGAGCACCUUGACAAGGGAUUUGAACCUGGGAUAUCAGUUCUUAAAAGAUUUUUGUCUCCAUGUUUAACUGAAAAUCCCUCAGAAUCCAACGCAUCGGAGAUUCUCCUGAUUGCUGUCGACUGUGUCGUCCCUAGUAACGCUCGUCUCAAGUUGUAUGUCGCCAAUACACAACUAUGCCUUGACAGUAUCCGUCACUUUUGGACCCUGGGCGGAUAUCUGCGCGAUCCCGUUACAGUCAAAGGCCUUGCAAUUGCAGAGAAGCUGUGGAGCUUUCUCCGGCUCGAUGAAGCCUCCCGCUCACAUACCGAUGUGGACCACUUGCCCUUGGUUCUCAACUAUGGGUUGGAAAUUGGUGGUGAAACAGUUAGACCACAGCUAUAUUUGCCUUCACAUGGACAGAACGAUGAUUCCGGUUCCGAUGGCUUGGCGGACUUUUUCAGGUAUCUGAAGUGGGAAAAUCUUGCUACUCGCUACAAACAAGAGUUAAUACAGAAUUUGUGA